AUGACCAUCGAUGGAUACUCAGAGCUGCCGAACCUUGGCAGUCCAUCUUUCACCCCUCUGCUAUUACGAUAUGUGAGCUCACACCUUGGCUCACGAGGAUGGUCGAUCAACCCUUCGCUUUUCUCGAUACUGCUACUUGCUCUGAUCGUACGGAGAGGUGGAAUUGUCAUCGAUGUCACGAAAAUGGAUAUAGUCAAUGUAGAAAGGAUGAUAACAGCUAUGGUCAAAUCGAUAUUUGGUUUACACGUUCACUAUUUGUCAAUUCAUGAAGAUCUCGAACCGGAAGAGCUGGUGGACAUGCUGAUGCAUCCACCUAUCACUCAUUUGUCAUCGCUGCCUGAUACUCCAGGUGACACUCCCCCUCCUCCUAAUGCGUAUAAAUGGCGUGAAGAGCAGAUUGAAAGACCUGAAGUCUUGAUUAUCACCGGACUGGAGAAAGCCAGCAGUCCAGUAAGGGUAAAGUUAGGUGAUAUCAUGGUCAAGAAGAAGAUUGAUAUCCCCUCAGACUCUCAAAAAGAUGUUUCGCUGGCAGAAGUGGACCAUGUGAACAUGACUAAAUCAGAGAAGAAAUUCGAUCCUUUGGUAAUAUGGAUAAGAGAAGAGGGGGAAGAGAUACCUUCUUUCUUGAUCGAUCAAUUCAUGCUUGGUAUCACAUUAGAACCGGAAAACAACGGAUUGCCUCCUUCUGAUAUCGAUGGAAGUGGUAUUAUCCCAUUUGACUAUAUCAAUACUCUCACAUCUCUCCUUCCAUAUGUUCACAUUCAUCCACCCCUUCAAGUCCACAUCUCCAAUCUUCUUUCAGCAAUUUCAUCGCAUCCUUCUUUGAAGUCGGUUAUAACAGGAAAAGCCACACGAUCAUUUCCUGAAUACAUCAAAGCGCAUCGACUUUUAUCUGGAUCAUUCGAAAUUCCGUCUUCAUUUCAGGUGGUAUCUUCGAUAUCCGAUGAAGAUCGAUUAAAAGAUACCAAGGGACUAGGAGGUGGUGUAGGUGGAGUUGACACUUGGGCAUCAUUAGCAGGUGAACAACCUUCUUUAUCAACUUUAAGUUCAGAUCACGAUAUAGAAGAUCCAUUCGCAACUCCUAACAACGUUGAAGGAAUUUGGAGAGUGUUCAUGAAACAUAGAUGCAGGAAAAGACAUGAAACGGAAGAAGUCAUGUGGUUGAUAAAAGGUUCCGCUACUGAGAAUAAGAUGCCCAAAAGGAAGAAUGGGAAAGGUAGAGGUGUUGAUAAAAUCUUAGAUGAGAUUAUAAGAACAGUUUAG